AUGGGUGGACCACCCCCUCCCCCUCCUCCUCCCAUGAUGGGCGGACCACCCCCUCCACCCCCUCCUCCCAUGAUGGGCGGACCACCCCCUCCACCCCCUCCUCCCCCCAUGAUGGGUGGACCACCCCCUCCCCCUCCUCCUCCCAUGAUGGGCGGACCGCCCCCUCCACCCCCUCCUCCCCCCAUAAUGGGUGGACCACCCCCUCCCCCUCCUCCUCCCAUGAUGGGCGGACCACCCCCUCCACCCCCUCCUCCCCCCAUGAUGGGUGGACCACCCCCUCCCCCUCCUCCUCCCAUGAUGGGCGGACCGCCCCCUCCACCCCCUCCUCCCCCCAUAAUGGGUGGACCACCCCCUCCCCCUCCUCCUCCCAUGAUGGGCGGACCGCCCCCUCCACCCCCUCCUCCCCCCAUAAUGGGUGGACCACCCCCUCCCCCUCCUCCUCCCAUGAUGGGUUUUGUACCCCCUCCCCCCGCAGCAGCCGCACCUCCAAAGUCCUCUGGCGACCCUAUGGAAGAGAUUCGACGGGCAAUUCAAGGUGGCGUCAAGCUCCGUAAAGUUAAUCGUGAGAUUCGACCCCAGCCCGAAGUCAAAAAAGAGGUCUCCGACGACGAAGCUACAAAGAUGGCCCUGGUAUUUGACAUUCUGAAUCUCGUCGAAACCACGGAUGGUGGCUCUCCUGAAGAAAUUGUAUCCAAGCUAGAGCUGGAGAGCUCUCGAGCGCGAACAUACAUUUUCCAGUUGAUUCGCCGCGGAUGGGUCAAGCCUUAUCGCUUGUUGGAUGGGACUGAGAAGGAGUCCGAGAAGGACCGCAAGCUGCCCUACAAAGUCUGGCAGGGUAAAGAGGUGACAUCGGCAAUCGAGGUCCCGGGAAAACACGAGUUUGAGCUUGAAGAGCUGGGGCUGCUCAAGAACGAAAUCAUCCGGGCGCAUCUGCAUCGCUUCGCGAAAAACUCCAACAUUCACACGGUCGACACGAUCGUGCUCCUGCGGUGUCCUGGUACGCCGACCGAGAUUCCUCCCUUCGAUAAGGUGGAGCCCCCCAAACUGGAUUCCAGCUUCAAGGGCACGGUCACCAAGGAGCUGCGACAGCAACGCGAGGACUGGGAGCGGCAACGCGACGAAUAUUUCCAAGCGCCUUGGCCCACCUUCCGACUGUUCAUGUCCAAGAUCGAGGACCACGACCGAAACAUCACCUCAGAUUACCAAAAAUACUCCAAGGGUCAGGAAGAUGCCGGGCGCGUCAUCGGCGAGCUCACUCAGAUGUUCAAGGAGCUUGACAUUCCGCAGCUCACAAAGCUGGUGAGCGAUGUGCCCAAGAAGAUCAACGAGGUUGCCGAAAAUCUCAGUCGCACAUCUGGUAUUCAGAUCCCAACGUCGAGUGUGAAGGUCUCGACUGUGUUUGUUCGCCGCAUGGUCGACGAAACCCUUGGAAAGCGCCCGAAGGCCGAAGGGGCCCCCGAGGUCAAGAGUCGAGUGCGCAAGGUGACAUUUGUCACGCCAGAGGAGGAGGAGGAGCCCGAGAAGCUCAAGCUCCAGGGGGCAUCCAGGCACGUUCUGAACUCGAUCUACAACGCUUCUGGUCGGCAUCAGAUGCCGAUGAGACGUGAGCCCGCAGGCACCCCUUCCAAGCCAUCAAAACCUGUCGGUCGUACCUUUACGAUCAUGUAA